AUGCUAACGAAUAUGACUGAAGAUUGUGUUAUGGUAUCUGCUGUAAACACAGAGAAAAAUGGUAGUAUUGGCAGUUUAAAUACUGAUAUUUCUGCUGAAAACUGUGCAAAAGAUUUUCUGCGAAAUCCUCGAAGACAACGAUUUCGGGCUCGAGCAGCAGAAAUGGCGGCAGCAGGGAUGUCUAGAAUGUCCGAUUUUUGGUACCGGCAUAAGGAUAGUAGUUCUUGCACAGAAGUUGCAGUGGAUACAUUAUCACAGCAUGAUGUGCUUCUACAUACUCCGUCUACAUCUGGCUUAGGGGGGAGAAAAAGAAGUCCUCUUCUCAGGACGAGAAGGCCAGUUCCCACGCAAAGUGAUAGACGUGAUGGUAUUUGUAAUUUGUCGAAAGUUCCUCCAAAAACACUGAUCACAAAGUCACGUGUGACGAGUGAAGAUGUUCUUUGGGAUCAAUCGCUGCAUUUUGAGCUCAAUGCGGAUACCUGCAAAUAUUUAAACGUAAUUGUGCGGGCGAGGCCAAUAACUUUUAAUGCAACAGAUGUCACCAUUUCACAGGACAACCAAGUCGGAAAGGAUGAUUCUCAAAUGCUGGGAUAUACAAGUAUUUAUAUACCGCAGAUGCUAGACGACUGUCAGCUCACUUCGUCUAAUUGUCAUCAAGAACUGUUCACUUUACGACCGCCAUUUUGGAUUGCAGCAAGACGGCCACUAACACGAAAAGCUGCUGAGGAGAGCCACCGAGCUGGUUUCGAUGAACGCCUUUGUUAUGGGGACAUUCUCCUAGGCUUUCGUUAUUUUCCUUCAGGCCUUCCAACGAAUGUUCAGAACAGAUCGAGUGUGGGAAACGCUGAAUGUGUAAAAAAUGUCGCAGAAAUCAGUAGGACGAACAGUUUUGAAACAUCAUCGGAAACCAAGCAUAAUUUCGAAACAAUAUUGCUGAGAGGUACAACUGUUUGUGCAGUUUGUCGAGGAAAAGUUUGGCUAAAAAUGGCUUCACAUUGUACAAGUUGUUUACUGGUAUGUCAUAACAAAUGCUUACCUAAGGUUGACACUUCCUGUUCUCAGCAUCCUCCCAUCGACGAUGCAACAUUUGAAUGUAUGCUUUUACUAAAAAAUGUUUGCUUGAUAGGAUCUGACGAGCGACUACUGUCUAAGCGACGUCGUAUUGCAGUUAAAGUAUCUGAAAGGCUUAGUUCUACAUGGAAAAGUGUUGAACGCAGGAGAGCGUCCUUUCAUCCAUUAAGAAAAAAGCAGAAAGCCCCAGUUAUUCAGAUCGGGACCGAUGAGGUGGUGCCAGUCGAAAGAGCAAUACCGGACGUCUUUACAAUGUUAGAACUUUCGGGAAAUUUAAGUCAGAUGAUGUACCAACCAGGAAAUGCAUAUAAUGAACAGAUGAUAAAUGCUGCCAAGAUAGAUGGUAAAGAUAUGUUCUCUGAUCUGGAUCCUAUUAAAAGGAAAGCGAAAAUAAAUGAAGAUGCAAGUUCCUUUUGA